UGCAAUCAUGCCACCGAAACUGCUGCCGCGACGGCCAAGCGCUCACCGUAUGUCAAUCAAGCGCCAAAAUGCUGCGUACAAGCUCAUGUUUCAUGGACCUGAAUAUGGGAACGGGGAAGAGCUUGUCGUGAACCCAGAGUCGUUUCCCGACCUCAAGCUGCAUGACAUUGUCGAGAUCGUUCAACCCGAUCGAACGCAUCUUCGUCUAAUCAUGCAAGUGCGCACAUUGGCUCCAGUUCGCGGAAAGCUCCAAGUGAGCAUUCUCAAGGACUUGGCGCUGCAAUUCCAACUCGAUCCAUUUCACGAAGUCACAGUGCAGCGCAUUGAGCCCAGCGACGCAACCGUCGACUUUAUUGAGUUGUCUUUCAAGGACCAGUUCAUGUCCCGCGCCGACUUAUGGCGGUACAAGGUUGCUAUGUUUGGAAAGUGUUUGUUUGCAGGCAAAGUCUACGAAACCCUAGGCACUCGCGCCCAGGUGGAAAUGCUAUUGGCAAAGGACGACAACGUGCUGUGCGGAGUCAUGGGGACUGACACAAAGCUUAUCCUCCGGUCCCGGUCCAGCCGCAUCUUCUGGCUCGUGCACAUGAGUCCCGAGAUGUGGGACUUCGCAGACGACGGCGAAAUGUACUUUGAGAAGCUCAUCCACCGCUUCGUCCGGUCGCUGGUGGCCAAGUGGCAGGAGGCCAGCGUCGGACACUCGGUGACCGUGCUCAUGUUCUCCCGCAGCUUUUACGACAAGACCCAGUUCCCUUGCGAUUACGACCCCACGUCCGCCUUGUUUGCCGACGAAUACGCAGUAGGUUCUGACCAUCUGCCGUCUGCUGCCGCGCUCGGCAGCCCCGCCAUCCACGUCGACAGCCGCAGCGGUCGGUUCUACGAAGACUUUUACAAAGUCCUUAUUCGAGAUUACACGGGUCCAGACUGGUCACUCCUCGUACGGCUGCUUCAAGCAGAGUUUGCAUCAUAUGCAGAACGUCAUCGAUGGCGCCUUCCCACAGACAGCCGCCCCGCCACGUACGCCGUGUCGACAUCGUCGGGAGGGGUCCAGUGGCUCGCGCUUCCGCACGGCGUUCCCGCGCGUGCGUCGGAAGGCAACGUGCUCGAAGCCAUCAACGUCACACUCAACCUCUUGGACAAGCACUACAUGGACAGGGAUCUGAACCGCGCGGGCCAAGGCAUCGUCAUGCUCACGGCCGGCAGCGCCGUGUUUCAAGUGUCCAAACGACUGGCGCAGAUCACCAAGCAGCGAAUGAUGGACACGGGCGUGGGUAUGGACAUGGUGUCCGUGUCGAUGCCGCCUCUGCACCCGGUGCCGCUCUUCCGGUGGAGCCAUGCUGCCAAGACGGACGCCCCCACAGAGUUCAGUGUGCCGCAUUGGAUAAGCGUGAGCUUUCUGGACUUUGACUGCACGUGCGGCGCCGCCAAGAAGAGUCUGAUGCGAUGCCACUGCAACGUCGCAGACGAUGGAAGCGAGUGCCGCCGCGGCGCAUUCGCCCCGCUCCCACGCUGUCGCAUGUUUGACCGAGCGCUGAUACCCGUGCCGCUGGUGAACAUCCUCACGAACGCCAACCCGCGACUGUUUUCGUCUCUGGAGUCGUCGGCACACCACCCCCCACCGGUCGCCCUCCAUCGCACGGCCGACCAACCAGCGCACCAAGACCUCCAAACAUAUGACGACACUGUGUUUAUUGGCCCAAGGCCUGAGAGAUGGGGAGCCGACGCAGGGGACGACCCUUGGUUCAGUACUCCGCUCAAAGAGUCCAAGUACAUGUCGUUUUCAGAAAAGCACGACGACAACCAGCUUGGGCUGCAUCGUAAACGUGUUCUGAGCAUGCAAAACCUCCAGCGCCUGCACAAGUUCAAGCCGCAGCCGAGCCCCCACCCCCCCAACUCCAACUCGUUUAACGACGACACCAACCACGAACUACGCGACGGACGAAGCCCCCUCCAAGCUGCCGUCUCAAUGCACCAGCUUCACCAAAGCAGCCCCAUCGUGUACAACCCGUCGAUGGUGUCGUCGCUCGAGUCCCCAUCCUUCGUGCUCAAGAACCGCAUAGAUUUGACGAGCCCCCGGAGCUCGCGGCACCCGUCGUCCACCGAGACCAAUUUCGGGUCACCCAUCACGACAGCAUGGAAUGCAAGUAUGCCCUACUAUCACCAUCACCAAUACCGAUCAGCAAACAAGCCGCCAAAGCCCGCGUGCGAUCCGUUUCAAAGCCCCGCCGACGACGGCAAACUCACGUCCAACCGGCGGCGGUGGAGCCACAUCUUCCCUUGGACCCCUGAGUGCAACGCGGUGGCGGCAGGACCCAACUGGAAGUCUCUCGUGAACCCGGCGGUGCUCCCGCUGACGACGGAUUUUUACCCCAAGGACUUGCACGUCAACUAUACAGAGUCGUUUUACUCGCUCAUGCUGCUCGAAACGACGGGCAAGCCCAUCACGCACCAGCUGCUCGUGGAGAUGAUCUGCCAGCGGCUAUCGAGCGAUUUUCAGCUGGUGGAGCACCCCCCAAAGGGAGUCGUGGACGACACGGGAGGAAGCGGAGGACCUUCGACGGCGCUUCGCGUCGGAAACGUUCCGCACCGCACGACGUACCAUCUGAGCAUGGGCCACCGCGUGCACAAGCUCAUUUACGACCACCUCCAGCAAACGAUCGACGUCAAGAUCUUCCAUAAACGAGUCAAGAGCCACGAUACACUGCCGUUUGUGUACGAGUACUCGCUGUACGACUCGCUCACGCAGUCAUUUCACAAGCAGCUGCAGACGUUUCACGAGUUUCCGUGCCCCGAAGACAACUGGAACACCACCGACAACCUCCUCUGCGGCUACGUCGACUCGAUGCACGACGGCACGAAAUGCCGUCGUAUUCGAUUUGUGGUGGUACCGCCGCCACCGCCAUCCUCCUCCUCUCUGCCGACGCCACCUCUCGACACAUCGGAAUCGACGCGAGCGCAAAAGCUGCUCGAGUUUCUCCAGUCCAAAGUCGAUGGCGGGGAUGUGCUGCAUGUGACUGUCCACGCCGACCCGCUGGAGCGCCCCCAUUGCGCCGCGACCAACACGGCGAGGCAGUUUGUGCGCGUGAGCUGCAACACGACGGCGCGACUGGAGGUGGACUGCCGCAAUGAGUGGCUCAUGCUGCUCGUGGAUGCCCACUGGUACCCGAACGCGACCUUCCACGUGGACGUGCGAUGGCUCGCGUGCAGCGGCACCGUCGUCGACGACUUUGUCACAACAUUCAAGCGAAAAUGCAAACAUGCGCACUUGGACCUGCGCCGUGUGCCCGAGUUUACGCAGGUCCACCAGUUGCACAUCCACCCGUUUCUGUCGUCCGUGCUGCUUCCGUUCGUGGGUCCCCAGUAUCCUAUUGAUCGUCGAGGGGGCGACAAACAAGAAGACGACGGCGCUGACGUACAAGUCGAAACGAUUGAGUUGCAUCAACAGUGUCUCAGCUGGGGGUUUGUCCUCGAUGGGGCGCACGUUGCCGACAGCGGCGGCAUCGGCCACGGACUCAUGCCCAAGCAACAGCUGUCGCCCGGCGCCCAGAGACAUGGAAGCGGCCAGCGGCGACCGCCCCCCGAGACGUGGAAAGCGCGCGGCUACGUCCAGUACAUGCACCGCCACGCGCCCGUGUUCAUUCGGGUGCUACAUCAUGGCAUUGUGUGGAUUCCCAGCUAUGCUUACGACAACCAAGCCACGGCUGACCUGGUGCGGCCGCUGUACGACACGCUUUGCCGUUGGAUUCAGCAGGGUGGACGAGCGCAGACCAUGUUGGAUUGCUAGGAAUGGGAAUAUAGCUAUACUAUUGAAGUAUUGCUAGUGUUUUAUAAAGGACUAUAGCAUUGGCAACAACCGUGUAGUGAGUGUUCAAGGGUAGUUAAAUGCGAUAAAACGUCGCGGCGGUGCCUGCAAACAGCGCGUGCCGAUCCGCUUCUGAGAAAUCCGACACCCAGUCGUGAAAACUUGCGUACAGUUGGGGCAUGGUGGGGCCGGUGGAGUCGGCACCGUCUGCGUUGGCCGCGGCGCCGUUCUGGUGCCAGUUGGAGGCGAACAUGGAGCGAUGGACGCCGAAGAGGCCGAUGACUUCGCGCACCAAGUCGCGCACAAAAGCCUCCUUCUUGGCAUCUUCGUGCCAUCCGGGCACGACGUAGCCCAACAUGGACAGCUUGACGAACACGUUGGGUAGCGCCGCCAAUUUUGCAAGUCCCGCGCGCCACACCGUCAGCUUGGCCGCUUCUGCGGCGCUGCCGUCGACGGCAAGGUGGCGUACCUUGCCCAAAUGAUCAACCACGACGGGCACUUCGGGGUGGCGUGCGAUGAGCGCGGCGGCGGCGUCCAACUGCAACGGACUGCAUUGCAAGUCGAACGACAAAGAAUGCGAGGCCAGCAAUGCAAACCCGCGUUCAAAUGACUGAGCUGGGCCCGUGGUGUCGCGAAUGUAAUCGUUUCCGUGGCGUGACACGGCGAUGUGGGUUGCGUUCUUGCCGCCAUCAAACGGGCCUUCGUAAUCGACCAUGAAGCGAAUGCCGCGGACCUUGGACGACGCGGCAACAAGGGCGGUCAAUUGGGCAUCGACAUCGUCGUCCGCAAGGUUGCAAGCAGCGACAAUGGCAGCAACGGUAGGGGCGCGUCCGGCUGCGACGAGGCUUUCAAUCCACUCGACUUCGGCAAGACCACUGUCGGGCAUUGCAUCGAUGUGCACCGAGCGAGAGAUUGGGAGAUCGCCGACGGCGCUGGCGUAUUGCUCGGGGAGGUAUGGAGACGCACCAAGGGAUUUGAGGAACGCAUAGUGCUUCUCGUUGGUGUCAUAGAAGUGAUGGUGGGCGUCCACAAUGUCGGCGAUCGAUGCAGCGGACCUUCCCAUGAUGUUGCCUGUCAC